AUGUACGGCAUCGAUAUCGUGCGUGAGUGCUGCAAGCUUUUGUACAACCAUGCAGCCCUGCCCCACAGCAGCAACAGAAUCAUGUCGGAGGGCUUCGAAUACAGUGGCCUUGAGGAAAGGUCAGAAAUUGUUGGCGAAGUCAUCAAUGUCAUCUACUGGAUGGCCCUGAUUAUCCAGUACGAAAGCGAUGUCAGCCCCAGCCAAACCCAAUGGAAUCAUGACUUUCUCCCGUCUCAUUUAACCAAUGACGCUGUUGGAAAGGCUCUUACUACGGUCGAUACUCUCGGAAUAUGCAAGCGAUGGUUUUGGAACAUGGUCAACGCUUGCCCUCGCAAGAAGUGCGAUAUUCCGCAUAUUGUUGAAAUUCUCAAAAAAAACGAAGACAAUUUUAGGCGUUCGGAUCAUCCCAAAUGCACUGCAGGGACGUGCUAUCUAGCCGCGAUGAACAGUACGAAUGUACAGCAGUUGCAUAAGCCUCCUUGCACUGGAAUUUCUUGUGAAAAACUAACUUUUGGGAGGCCGAAACAAGCACAAAGCAAGAACUCAGAACAAGAACAGAACGGGACAUCGAACCAGCAACAGAACAGAAAAUCAGGACAAGAACAGGAGCUCUGUGCCGCAGUCGAGAAGAAUUUACCCACUGCCUGGAAGAGAGAUCGAAAAUUGGCCGAGAACUGGGAAGUGAAAUACAUCGCCAUCUCCCACGUCUGGGCUGAUGGAACUGGCGUGGGAGUUUCGAGUGAUGGCACGAACAAGUGUCUAUUCGAAUAUUUCAUGGGCAUUGCUAAGGAUGUGGGCUGCGAGGCUGUAUGGUGGGACGCCGUGUCGAUGCCAGUGACCAAAAAGGCUCGCAACAAGGCCAUGAAUAGAAUGCACGAGAAUUAUUCCAAAGCCCAUUGCACCAUCAUCCACGAAGCAUCCCUUCUGCAGACUCCCUGGCGUGAAGACGGAACCCCCUGCCUGGCACUUGUAUUGUCGUCCUGGUUCACGCGCGGCUGGACAGCGGUGGAACUGGCGCUCUCCAAAAAGGUCAAGGUCCUACUCAAACCUGCUGGUGACGAGCAAAAACCAACGAUCAAGGAUCUCGACGACUUGCUGGCCACCGACCCGAAGACAUCCUCAAUGGGCCACUGGCUUGCCAGCCAGCUGAUCCGGCGAUUGAAGCGAGAGGUUUCGGACGUGGGCGACCUGCUAGCCAUCCUCUCCCAACGGGUUACUUCCUGGCAGUCUGACCGCGUGGUCAUCGCCGCUCUUUUGGCAAAAUUGAAAGACACAGAGAACAAUAGUGACGACCCCUGCAGCAGAGUCCAGGAAAUCAUCAAGAAGCUAAAAUGGAUCCCUAACACAUGCCUAUUGCAUGCCAAAUCAACCAUGAAUGGGGGGGCAGGUUUCUCAUGGUGCCCUGCGACAUUGGAUGAUCUGCCCUUUGAUGCAUCCGCGGGAAUGCCGAGCGCGAUCGGGACUCGAGAGCGAUCAAUGCUCCAAGUCAACGGAAAUGGCAUGGCCCAGGGUAGAUGGCGCUGUCAUCGGCUCAAAGAUGAGAACGCCCGCAACAGCAUCACAAUGGUCGGGAAUGACGCCCAAGCAACGCUCCAGGUUGAAUUGGCUCUCCAGAAAUGGGAAUGGUGCUUGCUUCUGCAACCCUGCGAGAGUAAUGGCAGCCAGGCUGUCCUGGUAUUCUCAAACGGACUGUCUAACCCCGAAGGCAACCCCGCCCUGAAGUGCCGCUAUGUCGGGACAGUUAUGGUGCACGACAAGACGCCGCUUGAGACGGCGGAGAGCUACCUAGUCACUCUAGGUGAAGACUGUGUCGAGAGCCCGGCGGGGGACAAGGCCGAAGAUGUCAUGCAGAAGUUGGACAAAGCUCUGGAGGAUAGGAAGCCUUCGAAGAACACCAUGGCUAAUGACCGCGCUGGUAUGAGAGACGACACCCGCGGCAGGACUGAAAAAUCUGUGGGGGACAACUGGAAGAAGGAACUCGAACUCCCUAGCAAACUUCCGGAAUCGUGGCAACGUCUCCACGCUCCCGAACUGUACGACCUUAAUUGGGCAUUGCUAUUGGGAAAUGAGAAUUUGCCGGCCGUGCGAUGGAUCUGCAGUCGGAAUCCUGACUUGAAGUCCAAGAUGUGGGAUUAUCUUGCAAUACAGCGGCAGCAUCAGUCAAAGAAAGAGGACGUCGAGAAGAUAACACAAGUCUUGGACCGAGCCGUCGGAAGGAGUGAGGCGACGGAGACGGGCCCUUCUAUACCGAGACGAAGCCAGCCUGUGACUAACCAAGGUCCUAGACUCCGACAAUCUAUAUCUUCUGCACCUAAGAGGAAAGUGAAGGGACCUCUACCUGUGAAGAAGCGAGGUGACGACUGA